ACGGGGGAGAUAAUUGAAACUGCAGCUAGUACAGUUGUUGUGGUGAUGUAAUGUUACCCUUUUGGUGACUACUACGGAUGGCUGUGUGUGCCAGGCUCUGCGGAGUGGGUCAGUCGCGGAGGUGCAGGCGGCGACAGCGGCAUAAUCAACAGGACCAGGGAAGCGACUCCGACAUGGACGAUGAGGAAGGUGUGCGGAUUGUGUGCAAGACACAAGCCGUCACUGGCGGCCCCGAAAACCCCUCGGCCGCGGCAGGGCCGAGUGUGGCCCACGAAGCCACUGCUGAAUGUGGUCGUGCAAAUGUCAGACUUUCGUAUGGGCAAAGUGCAAGCACCGGACCACCGAACCCGCAAUCCCUGUUGGAUUUGCCCCCAGAGCUUUUGGUGGGAAUAUUCUCCUCGCUGCCGGGCACAGAGCUUCCAAACCUUGCGCUAGUCUGCAAGACAUUCAGGCAAAUCCUCAGCACGGAAACCAUCUGGAGAAGGCGAUGCACGGAGGAGUUUGGCAUGAGGGAAGACCUGCGCAAGAUAGAAGUGGUGGGUGUGUCCAGUCGGGAGCUCUAUGCCAAACUGCUGCACCCAUACAGACACAUCCUGGGUCUUUGGCAGCCUGACAUAGGGCCGUACGGAGGGCUGCUCAACGUGGUGGUUGAUGGGCUAUUCAUCCUUGGCUGGAUGUAUCUGCCCCCUCACGACCCUCGGGUCGAGGAUCCCAUGAGGCGGCGGCCACUCUUCCGCAUCCACAUGUUGGAGAGCAACAAGGCAGCAGUGGAGUGUAUGUACGGACACAAGGGCCCUCACAAGGGGGACGUCCAAGAUGUCUUCUCUUAUUUCCAGACUGGGAAGAAGGACGAGUUCUCGACCAAGUGCAACCAGACAGACCAUCACCGCAUGCCAGGGGGGAGGCAGGAGGAGUUCCGGACGUGGCUUGAGGAAGAGUGGGGGAGGACACUGGAGGACAUCUUCCAUGAGCACAUGCAGGAGCUCAUACUCAUGAAGUUCAUCUACACAAGCCAAUAUGAUAACUGCCUGACGUACCGGCGGAUCUACCUCCCCCCCCUGAUGCCCUCUGACCUGCUGCAGCCGGGCCUGUUCAAAGGCACCUAUGGCAGCCACGGCCUGGAGAUCAUCAUGCUCAGCUUCCAUGGGCCUCGCGCCAGGGCCACCAAGCUCACCGGGGAUCCCAACGUUCCAGCAGGCCAGCUAACGCUCGAUGUGGACCUGACUCGGCCUGUGCACCUUCCGGACCUCGAGCACCAGCGCAGCGUGGAGGAGCUGUCUCGCCUGGUGCUGGGGGUGCAUGAGGAGGCGCAGCAGGAGGCACAGAGCCCAGAUGUUGCCCCCCAGGGGGUUGCUGUUGGAGAGGGGGCUGUGGCCCCCCAGGGGGUUGCUGUUGGAGAAGGGGCUGUGGCCCCUCAGAGGGCUGCUGCUGCAAAGGGGGCUGUGGAUGGUGGCGGGGCAGAGGGUCUGGAGUUGGCUAUGGAAGCCCAAUCAGAGAGCCGCCAGCCUGGGCCCAGCAGCAGCAGCAGUGCUCCCUCGGAGGCCCAGCCCUUUGUCCUGCCUCUGGGGGUCAUGGCCCGCAACGAGGUGUACCCCCGUACCUGCAAGAUGUGUUUCUACGGGACAGGCCUGAUUGCCGGCCACGGCUUCACAAGCCCGGAGCGCACGCCUGGCCUCUUUAUCCUGUUUGACGAGGACCGCUUCGGCUUCAUCUGGCUGGAGCUCAAGUCGUUCAGCCUAUACAGCCGCCUGACCGACCAGCUGGCCCACGCCUAUGCCCCCAACAUGGAGCUCUUUGAGGCUAUGCUGCGCAACAUGCAGUCCUGGACAUCUUGAUGGGGCAGAUCCACACGUCUCCUACAAACAUGUUUACUUAGGCCCCUACACACACCCGGAUGUGUUGACUGCACCUGGAAUACCUCUAGGCCCCUAGUUUGUAAACUAUAAGUAAUUCCCAUAGUUUUUUCCUGAUUAGGUCAUGUGGUUAGGAAAAACUCUUGGCCCUAAUUAUCACUGUUAUGUAUGUAUAUUUUCUCUCUAUAGACCCCGAAAACACAACACGAUAUUUACCCUCACCUAUCCCUGUAGAAUCACUACUGUAUAUACACACACAGCUUUACAACCCAAACACCUCGACACCGUCCCACACAUUUCUGGGCCUGGACAGAAACAACCUUUAUCCCCCUACCCCUUAGGCACCUAAAAGUCCCCCUAGCCUAUUGGAGGGAAAUGUGGAGAUGGUACCAUAUCGCUUAUUAUCUAAUCGUCUCUCCCUGUCCAAUGUUUCCCCUCCUCUUUCCUCCACUUGACCUCAGUAUCUCUACUGCUGAGGCAUGUCCACAGGUCAAAUAAUAUGACACUAAGGCUGCGUUUACACAGGCAGCCCUAUUCUGAUAUUUUUUCCACUAAUUUGUCUUUUGACCAAUUUGAUCUUUUCACAUCAGAUCUUUUUCACAGCUGAUCUGACGGGUCAAAACACCAAUUAGUAGCUGCCUGUGUAAACCCAGCCAAAGGCUUCCUCAAAAGCUUCUUAUUUAUUUUUAAACCAAAGAAGAGGAUUUGUUGACGUUUCAUCCCACAAACUCUGGAACAAAGUAUCCGUGCCUCUAUGACUGCAUUUUUAGCCAAAUUCUUUUGCUUUUUUUCACUCAUUGAUCUUUGGACCACUCAGAUCAGCUUUGAAAAAGAUCUGAUGUGAUUCGUCAAAAGACCAAUUAUUGAUAACAAAUCGGAAUUGGGCUUCCUGUGUAAAUGCAGCCCAUGAGUUCUAACUAUAUACUAUGUCUGCAUUGCCUAGGGAUUUCCUAUUCAUUCUACUAAAGCUAUUAUUGUGUAACUAUUUGAAUGCCUCAUGUUUGGAUGCAUGCAGCAUUUAAUUUGUUUAAUGCCACCUGUCUCUAAUUAUCUUAUUCACAAUCCGAUUAAACACUUUUGGUUUGCUGUA